AUGCCCAAGGUUUUCAUAAACGACAAAUCCAGAAUCAACAGGAUCCCCAACAACAUCUACUGCCAUACCGACAUCCACAGGAUCCCCAACAACAUCCACUGCCAUACCGAUAUCAACAGAAUCCCCAACAACAUCCACUGCCAUACCGACAUCAACAGGAUCCCCAACAACAUCCCCCGCAAUACCGACAUCAACAGGAUCCCCAACAACAUCCACUGCCAUACCGACAUCAACAGAAUCCCCAACAACAUCCACUGCCAUACCGACAUCAACAGGAUCUCCAACAACAUCCACUGGCAUACCGACAUCAACAGAAUCCCCAACAACAUCCCCCAACAUACCGACAUCAACAAAAUCCCCAACAACAUCCCCCGCAAUACCGACAUCAACAGGAUCCCCAACAACAUCCACUGCCAUACCGACAUCAACAGGAUCCCCAACAACAUCCCCCGCAAUACCGACAUCAACAGUAUCCCCAACAACAUCCACUGGCAUACCGACAUCAACAAGAUCCCCAACAACAUCCACUGCCAUACCGACAUCAACAGGACCCCCAACAACAUCCACUACCAUACCGACAUCAACAGGAUCCCCAACUACAUCCACUGCCAUACCGACAUCAACAGCAUCCCCAACAACAUCCACUGCUAUACCGACAUCAACAGGAUCCCCAACAACAUCCCCCGCCAUACCGACAACAACAGGAUCCCCAACAACAUCCCCCGCCAUACCGACAUCAACAGCAUCCCCAACAACAUCCACUGCUAUACCGACAUCAACAGGAUCCCCAACAACUUCCCCCGCCAUACCAACAUCAACAGGAGACCCAGCAACAUCCACUGCAAUACCGACAUCAACAGGAUCCCCAACAACAUCUCCCGCUAUCCCGACAUCUACAACAACCAUGACACAGACUCCAACAACAUCAACAGCAAUUCCAACGUCAACCCCAACACAGUCCCCAUCAACUUCAACGGCGAUUCCAACAUCUACGACAACCACAACAGAGUCAUCGACAACAUCCACAGCAAUUCCAACAUCGACGACAAUCAUAACACAGUCCCCAAUAACUUCAACAGCGAUUCCAACAACCACAACAGAGUCAUCGACAACGUCCACGGCAUUUCCGACCUCUACGACAACCACAACAGAGUCAUUGACAACAUCCACGGCACUUCCAACGUCUACGACAACCACAACAGAGUCAUCGACAACAUCUACAGCGAUUCCAACAUCUACAACUACCACAACAGAUCAUCGACAACAUCCGCGGCAAUUCCGACCUCUACGACAACCACAACAGAGUCAUCGAAAACAUCUACGGCGAUUCCAACAUCUACAACUACCACAACAGAGUCAUCGACAACAUCCACAGCAAUCCCAACAUCUACAACAACCACAACUGACAAUCCCAACAUCUACAACAACCACAACAAGUUCAUCGACAACAUCCACGACAAUUCCAACUUCUACGACAACCACAACAGAGUCAUCGACAACAUCCACAGCAAUCCCAACAUCUACAACUACCACAACAGAGUCAUCGACAACAUCCACAGCAAUCCCAACAUCUACAACAACCACAACAGAGUCAUCGACAACAUCCACAGCAAUUACAUCGUCGACAACAACUGCAACCCAGUCCCCAACAACAUCAACAGCAAUCCCAACAUCUACAACAACCACAACAGAGUCAUCGACAACUUCCACAGCAAUCCCAACAUCUACAACAACCACAACAGAGUCAUCGACAACAUCCACAGCUAUUCCAACAUCGACGACAACCACAAAAGAGUCAUCGACAACAUCCACAGCAAUUCCAUCGUCGACAACAACCACAACCCAGUCUCCAACAACAUCAACAGCAAUUCCAACAUCUACAACAACCACAACAGAGUCCCAAACAACAUCAACAGCAAUUCCGACCUCUACCACACCCACAACUUAGGGUCCGACAUCAUCCCCAAUGGAUACACGUUUGGAAUCUAG